UAUUGCUUCUUUACCACCAUCCAAUUCCAUUGUAGUGGAGAAAGAGUGGAUCUUUCCUUCCUGUGACUAGAUUUUGUGAAUUAACUGUCUCUGCGACAGACACAGUGAAUCCUCUAACCUAAUAGAAACUUAAAAAGAACCCACAACAGUACAUUCAAUUCCAUCAAUGCAUCCACGUUACAUCUCUCGUUAGAGACACCGAAACUCUGUAGUUCUUAGAGGGUAUACAUAUAGGAAGAUAAAUAGAGAGAGAAACAAGCAAAAAUGUCAAGGAGAUCAGGGGCUUGCUUGAGAUGUUGUUUGGUGAUAUUUGCAGUGGUUUCAGCUUUAGCUGUGUGUGGCCCUGCUCUUUAUUGGAGAUUUAAGAAAACCAUUGGAUUUUCUGGUUCUAAAAUUUCUUGCCCUCCUUGUAUCUGUGAUUGCCCUCCUCCUUUGUCUCUUCUCAAGAUUGCUCCUGGGUUGGCCAAUCUCUCAGUCACAGAUUGUGGAAGCGAUGACCCUGAUCUUAAAAGGGAGAUGGAGAAGCAGUUUAUUGACCUUCUAUCAGAGGAGUUGAAAUUGCAGGAGGCUGUUGCUGAAGAGCACGCUCACCACAUGAACAUCACCUUUGCUGAAGCGAAGAGGGUGGCUUCCCAAUACCAAAAAGAAGCAGAAAAAUGUAAUGCUGCCACUGAGACAUGUGAAGAAGCUAGAGAGCGGGCCGAAGCUUUGUUGAUCAAGGAAAGGAAAGUUACUUCCCUGUGGGAGCGACGGGCCCGCCAACUGGGUUGGGAAGGAGAAUAAUUGUCUUGUAAAAUUAGCACAAACUUUUUCCCUUUCAGUUGAACUAGGGAACCAUGCCUAGUAAUUUAUAUAGGAGGCAAGCAGAAUGCUUGUGAAGGUUAAGAAAAUGAUAUAUGUAUUCAUCAUUUUUACUUGUAAUUCACUUGUAUUAAGACUAGCACGUUGAAUGCAUUUUCCUGGUGCAUUUUUCCCUAGUGUUAUGCUAUUGAGGUUGGUCGUAUAAAGGCUUGUUUUGGUUGUCUUGUAAACGACAUGUGGUCUGGUACCCAUCUCCAAUGUUAAGGCAGAAUCAUGAAUAUGAAAGCGUCUGCUACUUGUUACUC